CAAGGUGAUUAGCAUAAUUCAUCCUGGGUCUCCUCUGAAUGCUAGAAAGAGUCCUUUUCAAUUGUGAUUACAGAAAGUUUAAGACUUCAAUAUCACAGCUAAUUAACUGGAUUUGCCCAUCAACUUAGCAUUGUAUAUCUAUAGGCCGCCGGAUUUUGCCAUCAACUUAGACUUGUGUAUCUAUAGGCCAUCGAUAUGCAUCCUGUUGUGGAAUUGGCAGAGAGUUCAUUGUGAAGUCGAUUUCAUAAUUCCCCACAAUGCAUUUCACCGGGCACUGUGUGGAAAAAGCACCAAACCUUCCACAACCUCUCACCUUGAGUGAAAUUGUUGCAGCUGGUGACUGGUUGUCACUGAGAGGACUCGUUAGCUCCGAAGAAACUUCACCAUCAAAAAGAUCAGAUUUCCCAUCUGAAACCAUACGACCAUGGAUACUCUCAGCAGCACUGUUGCUGUUAAACAUUUCAAGCAGGCCGAUUGGAGAAAAUGAAAUAUUUGGUGUGAUUUUCUGCACCGAAGCAAAGGUCAGCGAGCAAGCACUGAAAUUUGGUAAGACAUGUACGAAAAGAGUCCAAUUGAAACGCGUGAAUCGACCCGUUAAUCAAGGGCCGAUCGCAGGUUCACUCCGUCGGUGGGAAAACCCGACUUCUCCGCUCUUUGAUGACUUGGUGGAUGCUUCGAACGGUUGCAAUUUCAUGUAUCCUGAUAAGGGAGAGACUUGUUUGGAUGAGAAGAUUGGUAUUGAUAGUCUGCCAGAUGAAGUUCUGAUAUUAAUAGUUUCUUGCUUGGGAUUGAGAGAAGCGGCCAAAACUUGUGUUUUAUCCCGUAGAUGGGCAGAGCUAUGGACAUUUACGGUUGGCGCCUUGGAUUUUGAAGCUUCAGAGGCACUAAAGCGUGUACCCAAAGCUGGUCAACUGGAAAGACUCAGUUUUGUGAAGUGGGUUGAUAAAGUCUUGAACUUGCACCGGGGUAAACGUAUAGAUAGUUUUAGAGUUCAUUUUGAUUUGAAUCAGAGUUCACUGCUCAUACGACAAUUGGGUUAG